CUGUGUUGACGCAGCCUGAUUGACCUCGACUCGGCAUCCUGGAUUGGCAGGCAAGACCCGUCUGCCUUGAGUUGCCUUUCCCAUAGCCUUCUCAACCCUCCUCUAGUUUCUCGGACUUGGCUUGAACUUGCCUUGCGACAAACCUCACCGUCAUAUUGGCCCCAUCGCCGUCGUCAUGCCAGAAAUUAGUCGAAAUCCCCUGAAUCCUGCAUAGAGCCUGAUCAAAAUGUCCAGCGAUCACGCUUAUCAUCAACGAAAUAGUACCGGUCGGCCGCCCGCGGUCGCUCAUGAAUAUGCCCAAGAAAAACGGGCAUGGAGCGUCAGUAGUGAAGAAGAGAUUCAUUAUGGGCUUGCAAAGCGGGCCAGGACAGCGGGCUCGCUUUAUACGCCUAACAACGCGGGUCCGUUCUUGGUCAAGCUAUCGCAUGAGGCAUACACUGUGGGCUGGGUUUGUGCUCUUCAUCUCGAGAUGGCUGCAGCACAGGCCAUGCUUGACUACAGACAUCAGCCCCUCGACAUGAACCCGAACGAUAGCAACGUGUACACGUUUGGCGGGAUCGGGCCGCACAAUAUUGUCAUUGCAUGCUUGCCGUCGGGGCAGUACGGGACAAACAGUGCGGCGGUGGUGGCGAACAACAUGCGUUGGAGCUUUCCCUCCUUUCACAUCGGUUUGAUGGUUGGUAUAGGCGGCGGUGUUCCUGGCAAGGUUGACAUACGGCUGGGCGAUGUUGUGGUCAGCAAUCCGACGGCAGAUUCCCCGGGUGUCGUACAGUAUGACUUUGGAAAAGCUGUGAAUGAUGGUCGGUUCGAACGCAUCGGAAGUUUGAACAAACCUUCAUUGUCAAGUCUUGCGGCUGUUUCCAAGCUAAGAGCUGACCAUGAAGCUCGGCCGAGUGAAAUUUCGAGGAUCUUGAGCGACAUGGCAAGGAGAAACGACUACAUGGUCGAGUAUACGCGUCAAUUCGUUGACGAAGACCGACUCUUUGAGGCAUCUUACAAACACUCUGGGGAAACCUGUGAAAACUGCGAUAGGUCCAAGCUAGUACCACGUAGUCUCCGGCCGACAAAUAAUCCUAGCAUACAUUAUGGGAUCAUAGCAUCUGGCAAUCAGCUCAUGAAAAAUGCGGGAACGAGAGACCGUCUAGCAAAAGAUCUCGGGUUGAUAUGCUUCGAGAUGGAAGCCGCAGGCCUGAUGGACAACUUCCCAUGCCUCGUCAUUCGUGGCAUCUGUGACUACUCAGAUUCCCACAAGGCAAAGCGAUGGCAGAAAUAUGCGGCAGCCACUGCGGCAGCAUACGCAAGGGAGCUUCUUCUCGUUAUGCCGCCCCAAGGACACUCCGCUGUACAAACACAGCUUGAAGUACAGAGCACUGCAACACCAUCGGCAAAUCGCAAGUGGCUUCUAGACUCCCUCAAGUUUGAUCAAAUUGAUAAGCGGCAUGCCAACAUCAAGGCCAAUCAUGCCAAAACUUGCGAAUGGCUGCUCGAGCAUCCUGCCUAUACCACAUGGAUAGAUCGUAAGAAGUAUUCCCAGCAUCACGGCUUUCUCUGGAUCAGGGGAAAGCCAGGGGCAGGAAAGUCAACAAUUAUGAAAUUCGCCUUCACGAGAGCGCGAAGGAGAGCCGCAUCGAUAGGACCUUCCAUUUCAUUCUUUUUCAACGCACGAGGUGAAGGGCUCGAAAAGUCGACGCUGGGAAUGUACCGGUCACUCUUACAUCAGCUUUUGGAGAAAAUCCCUGAUCUACAAUUUUUGCUCGACACCGACGACGACCAACAAGAAACCGCAGUGUGGGACUUAGAAAAGACUAAGACUCUCUUCCGCAGCGCCGUCCGGGAACUCGGAAAACGACAACUUACUUGUUUCAUUGACGCCCUUGACGAGUGUGCCGAGAGUGAGAUUCGAGAGAUGGUCGAGGUCUUUGAAGACCUAGGACAAUAUGCGGUUCAGAACGAUAUCCGGUUCUACGUUUGCUUCUCUAGUCGGCAUUACCCACAUAUCGAUAUCCAAUACGGCCAAAAGCUCACCCUGGAGGACCAGACUGGUCACGAGAAAGAUCUCGCAGAGUAUGUUCGUAGUAGUCUCAAGGCCGGCACUGGACCCAAGAGUGACGAGAUCAUCGCUGAAAUCUUACAAAAGGCUUCUGGCGUCUUCAUGUGGGUCGUGCUUGUGGUCGACAUCCUCAACAGGGAAUACCUUAGAGGCCGCUUGUUCGCAGUCAAAAGUCGCUUGAAGGAAAUCCCAUCCAAAUUGAGCGAGCUCUUCCAGAACAUAUUGACAAGAGACCAAGAGAACCUUGACGAUUUGCUUUUAUGCAUCCAGUGGGUUCUCUACAGUUCACGACCUCUAAAACGCGAGGAAUACUAUUUCGCCUUGGCCUCCGGCUUGGAGCCUGAUACCCUGGGAGAAUGGGAUCCUGAUGAGAUCCCAUGUGAAUUCAUGGAUCGUCUGAUUGUGAGUUCAUCUAAGGGACUGGCCGAGACAACGAGAUCCGACGACAAGACGGUUCAAUUCAUUCACGAAUCAGUACGAGACUAUCUCCUCAAAGACAAUGGAUUGCGUACUCUGUGGCCGGACAUGGCCGCCGACUUCGAGGCCCAGAGCCACAAUCGAUUGAGGGACUGCUGUCAUGAAUACUCGAGUCAGGUCAACAUAUCUGGAUACUUGCAAGACGAUGAUCAUCUGUUGCAAUCAUCCAAGAGGGCAGUUAUUGAUCUCAAGGCCGUAAUCGAACGUGGCUUUCCAUUUCUAGAGUAUGCAACCAGUCAAGUACUCUACCAUGCCAAUGCCGCGGCCCGGACCGACCUACAGACCGACCUACAGACCGAGUUUCUCCAAAGCUUUCCUUUGAAACAGUGGACCCAGAGAAGCAAUAUCUUUGAAAAGCAUAUGACCAGAAGGCAGAAGCACGAUACUACGAACCUCUUAUACAUUGUUGCGGAGAGGGGGUUAUCGGAGCUGGUUAAGACAACACUCCGCCACAACCCGGAUGCUGAAAUACGUGGAGGCCGUUAUGGCUACCCACUUCUUGCAGCUCUGAAAGGUGGUCACGAAGACGUAGCAAAACUGUUGCUAGAAUGCAUUGAAAGCUCUACACAAAAGGCUGGGUCUUCGUCAUACAGCACCCCGGAAUCCGAGAACAGCAGCUAUGUGCCCCCCAGCAUCAACUACUCGGACAAGCAAGGGCGUACGCCCCUUUACUUUGCUGCAGAAAGGGGGCAAGUCGACAUCGCCAAAACGCUAUUCGGUUUGGGUGCGCAACCUGACCUUAUACCGAAAAACAUCUCCUACAGCCCAUUGGUUCGCGCUGUCGAAAAGGGACAAGGAGUACUCGCGGAGCUUAUUCUUGAACGGCGGUCCGCAUGGCAAAGCAGGGCCACUACCAACGCGAAUCUACAAUCGUCCUCAUCGAUGGACAAGCAUGAAGAUGACCAAUUAGCCCUCGUCAAGACGGCUGAAAAUGGAAACAUAGACAUGGCGAAAAUUUUGCUUAGGAAUGGCGUCAGCGUCGACGCCGGGUCUGAGCUAUACCACGCGCCUCUAGCUGCAGCAGUCCAAAGAGGCCAAAAACCUUUCAUCGAGUUCCUUCUUGAUGAAGGAGCAGAUAUCAAUAGAGGAGAUCUCUUGGGAGGAAAGAAGCCAAUUCAAGUCGCAGCUCGAAAAUCAACCCCAGAGUUCAUUCAUUUGUUAGCUCAGAGAGGUUGUGACCUGGAAGGCCGAGACGCAUGUGGGAGCACACCUCUUCACAUCGCUUGCAAGGAUUCAAAAAAAAGUUCAGUAAUGGCUCUUCUUGAAGCAGGUGCAAAUCCCUAUGCACAGGAUGUUGAUGGGAAUACCCCACUGUUAACAGCCGUACAAUAUAACGAACCUGUCGUUAAGGAUUUGCUAUUACACUACAGCAAGCUUGAACGCAAUGGCAAAAUCACAUCCUCUCACGAAGAGUCGCAAGAAGCAUUCGAUAGUGGACUUCCGAAUUUCAGGCUCAUGGUAAACAAAAUCGGACAGACCCCUCUAUUCCGACCCUCUCCUCACCAUGAUACACAUGUUCUGAGUGACUUGUUGGAUGCAGGUCUGGACCCUUCUCAUCAGGACAAUGAGGGCCAGAAUUUCCUUCAUCGGGCAUGGCCAACCCCAACGCUAGGGACAACAAAGAACGAACGCCACUAUCUGAGGUUAUUUCUUGUGAAAUUAGGGCCUGGAAAAAAGACAGGGAUUUAGCUACACUUCGGAGCCUUCUUGAAGGAGGUGCCGAUGCCACAGAACCAGGCCCAAACGGCGAAAAGUUGCUGGAUAUGGCUCAUCGGGUAGGGAACCAUGAGAUGGCAGACAUUCUGAGAGGAAAUAUAGAGGCAAGAGGUGUCACUUAAUAGAGGGGUUCGGGUUUGUGUCUUCUCCC